AAUCCACCAUGACGGAGGUACGCGCUGAAUCGUUGGGGGGAUCUGGACUUUUUGCUACUCAGGACUAUCAGAUUGGGGAUCAAAUUCUCCAGGAAAAUACUCCUUUGAUUCAUCUAGCACCAACUACAAAGGAAUUGGAAAGCGCCAUCGUUGGAGCCCUCGUGGAACAAACGAUUGAGACGAACCCAGCAGGGACCACGGACGACGACAAACGCAGUUUAUGGAGGGCCAUUCAGGUUCCUGCUUCCAUCAAGGAGGCACAUUACGGAAAGUUUAAGGGCAUGGUACAAGCAGCGCUUUGUUUUGCCGCUUCGGAAGUGUCCGUUGAUUCCAAACAGCGCUUUCUCAAGUUGUAUUGUCCACCGCUCACGACUACGGAAAAAUCACCUUCCGCCAACAGCGAAGCGGAAGCGGACAUCAUAGAAGUGUCAAAGCAAGCAUUGCAAUACGUAAAGGAAAACAUUCGGAUCGAUUCCAAUCUGGCGCAAAAUGGGGCGAUGGAUGAUGGCACUCUACAAAAGGUCAUGCUUUUGUGGUCGGGGAACAGUUUUGAAGGUGGCCGCGUUUACGACAGCAUAAGUCGGAUCAACCACUCGUGCGACCCCAACGCAGUCGUUCAGCUUGGGCUUGGAACGGAACAAGACCGCCAAAGCAUUGUGGCUUGUGCGCCCAUUGCGAACGGCGACGAAAUCACGAUAUCCUAUUUAGGGCUUUUGCUCUAUGCGGACCGACCGACGCGCCAGGCGUCGUUGUUAGGCACCAAGCACUUUACGUGUGCGUGUGAUCGCUGUAAAACGAGCCUGCCGGACAACGCGAGUGCUAUCCCUUGCCCCAUUUGUCACCCAAGAAGAACGGGACAGCGCCAACUAGACGAAGAUGUUCAGUACGAUGACGAACAGAGCGUCCACUACGCAAUGAUCCGUCAAACUCCCGACCAUAACGCGGCCCAGAAAAGGAUGGAAUGCGAGCAUUGCCACGCGAAAAUAUUUCCUAGCGACUCUAAUCAUGCCGUCUUGUGGAAAAUAGCAACCGCUGUGACGGACAAAACGGUUACUUUUCUGCGAGACCACGCCGCGAUGGAAAAGAAUAAACUCAACGAUGAUGGCGACGAUGAGGAGGCCGAGCAAGUACGAGAGGAGUUACUGGAGCAGCAACUUCAGAUAUGCAGCAGCGUUUUGGGUGCCCAACACUGGACGACGAAUAUACUGUUACUACUACUGUUGGAUCAAAAGUUACAAGCGCUGCACGGCGGUUUGCUAAGUGACAACCAAGGGGAGGCCGAUCUGGGAUCGAUUGCGGAAGCCAUGGACAUGCUGGAACGGUUGUUUCGGUACGUGAAUCGGUUGGGCCUACGCUUACACCGGGGACACCUACUUGCGGAUGUCACUAUGGGAGCAGCACGAGCCUUGGUGAGUCUAGGCGACACCGGGAGUCAAAAGUAUGCUGCCGAAUGGAUGGCCAAAGUCGACGACUACGUUCAAUCAUUCGAACCCGAGGAUGUGCAAAAGGUGGCGCACGCCCUGAAAGCAGCUUGGACGCGGGCCGAUCUAAAUCCUUCUCCCAGGAAACGAGCAAAGGGCGACGUGAAAAGAUGA